UAAGCACAUCGCUCAUUCGUUCGUAGCAUUCGUUCUUGAUAAUUCGCGGUGUUAACACAAAGACGUAAUAAUUAUGUUGCAAUAUUUGUUGGCGGCUUUGUGCGUUGCAUGUUGCGUAUUGGCGGACCAGUCUGACAUCACGAACGGUAUACAAGGCAAAUCGCUAUGCGCCAGUGAAAAUAUGAGCCCGCUGCAACAACUGCUAUGCGCAUACGGUCAAGGUUCAAAUUCGGCGCUGCAUACCAUUUUCAUCAACGGGCCGCCGCUGUGGAGAGCGUCAAAUUCGGCCAAUCUCGUAGAAAAAGCAGGAAACGAUUAUCUCGUUACACCCAGCUUGGGCGCUCAUAAGCUUCACAAUCGCAAACUGUCGUGGAACCGCGCUCGUAGAAUUUGCGUCCAGGAAGGGGGUCAUUUGGCUGUUAUCAACUCGAACUCGGAGGAGAAGCUACUGCUGCGCAUUUUAGAGGAGAACAAGGUCAACCAGGCGUGGCUCGGCGUGCACGACCUGUACGAAGAGGGUGACUGGAACACGAUCCUAGACGAAUCCAUGGAGUCAUCGGGCUACACCAAGUGGACCUCGAAGAUUGCCAAUCUGCCCGAUAACGCCGGUGGAAAGCAGCAUUGCGGAUUCCUGCUGAAGGACGGUGGCAUGGACGAUUUCGAUUGUGCCAGCGCGCAAUCCUUUUUCUGCGAGAUCAAUUUCUGAGCCGGCCGGUUCGCCGAUCGUCGCUGAGCGUUCGCUCGCGCCAAGCGCGCGAGAUCGCAAUCGGAUCCCGUAACGACACGCGAUUUGCCGAAGAUUCUCGUUUCACGGCGCGAGACCGUCGUGCGUUAUUAAGAUCGGAUUAACGGCGCCGGUAACGCGGCAAGUAUGCGUUAUUGUAAUUAAUUAAUAGGGUAAAUGGAUCAAUGUCGUACACGCGCGUCCAAGCGGCGAAGGAGAGAUUAGAUCGUAAGUUUUAUUUUUAUAUCGAUGAUAGCGCGUGAAGCACUCGUAAGGUAUGUCGAGAAACGCCGCAUGAGAAUUAUUCUUAUCGCGAAGCAUAAUGAAGUGAGAACGAACGCGAUCGCGAGAUGUAAGAGCGUCAGUUCUUCGGGGAAAAAUUCGUCAUGGCCUCGCUUGUCGAUACAGGGAGAUGAAACGGAAUAAAAGAUGUUAUCACGUGGAA